AUGCCAGUCUCUUCAAAUCUAUCUAUCUGUCAAUCUAUCAAAGGUUUCUUCAACAAGGAAGAACGUUACAUUCAUUUAUUAAAUCUCUCUCUGAUUCUAAUCAUUAUCUAUCUAUCUAUCUAUCUAUCUAUCUAUCUAUCUAUCUAUCUUUAUUCAUAUCUAUCUCAUUCUACUCUUCAUACCUAUCUAUAUAUUUAUCUGCCCCUUUCUUAUCUAUCUAUCUAUCUAUCUAUUUUCAUUAAUAUCUAUCUAUCUAUCUAUCUAUAUAUAUAUAUAUAUAAAAGAAAUAUGUUCCUGUUCCUAUCUAUAUAUCCUUUUUAUAUCUAUUUAUCUAUCUCAGCCUGUUCAUAUCUAUAUAUGUGUAAUCUUUCUAUUCAUAUCUAUCUAUCUCCUUUUUAUAUUUCUCUUUCUCUGCCUGUUCAUAUCUAUCUAUCUAUCUAUCUAUCUAUCUAUCUAUCUAUCUAUCUAUCUAUCUAUCUCAUCAUUAUCUACAAUAUUGGAAGAACUGGAAAUUCAAGAAUUGAAAAUACUGAAAAGAUUCCUGAAGGAUUAAGGAAACUUGCUCUAAUAUAA